GCAGGGAUAAUCACCAGAUGGACCUGUAGUCAUUGUCUGCCCUCUGUCACAUCUCUCCAUCAGUGUAUAUGGAAAAGGAGUGUUUAAAAUACAAGUUAUAAUUAAAUUCAGCUUCUCCUGGCCUGGGAAGGGAUGUAAAAUGCCUCAGCCCUGCGGUUCCCUGCUGGGAUAAUUCAGCGCCCAAAGAAUUGAUAUCGUUGUAGUUCCGCUUUUCUGCCACAAGAUGGCAGUGCAGUCCCUGUGCUACCGAGCAUCAGACAGGUCGCUGCGGCGAUGUCCUGUUCCAGCCGCUAGAUGGCGCUGUGGCCGCGCACUACGGUGAGACCUGGUCCUAUUGCCCCGUGCAAGUUGCUGCUGCGCACAUUCAAUUACCCCCUGACCCACCCAGCAGCCACCAGCGGCGAGAUGCUGUGCUCGGACCAGACGGACUGUAACUCAGGGGAGGAGACGGAUGACGGGGAUUUCUCUGACGACGGAAGUGCCAGGUCUGCGGAUGACGAUGAGACGGAAGACCAAUGCAGCCCAUCAGCGCUCCCUUCUAUACCCUCAGAGGAAAACGUCCCCUCCGCGAGGACAUUGUAUCACCCCACGUUCGAGGCUUACUACGCUGCGGUGGCGAUACUUCAGACAUCGGAGACUCCUGAGAUGCAGAAGAGGAGGCAGGAUGGUUUCUCUGUAAACAAUGGUGAAUAUUUCUACACUGACCCCCUGCUGCCUGCCGGACACCGGGUGUAUAACUGUCUGUCACCCGCAACACAAAAUGUAUUUGGCUGUUUCCGCCUGCAGACCCCCGCUCCGAUAAUGUCGUCUUGCAUCUACUACUCGUCUGUUGCAUCUGAGCCCCCCAGUCCAGGAGGAGGUGGAGACCCCAUAACUCUGUUAUGUAUCAGCCAGGAAGCGGGGACCCCCGUGCUAAACACAGCGACAGGGCUUCCGGACUUGGUGUAUGAUGGGGGAAGAAUUGAUGUAACUACCUCUGACCCUGUGUCUCUCGCAUGUGAAAUUGUGGGUAUUAUCCCCCCGCAGUCAGCGCAUAUUGUGGCCGAGGAGCGGAGCCCCCCUCAGUCAGCGCAUAAGGCGGAGGAGCGGAUGAGCCCCCAUGGAUCAGGGUGCUCUGCGGAGGUGUCGCCCCCUCACCCCUACAGCAAUAAUGUGUACAGUCUGUCUGAGUUAGAGGCUGUGAGCGCUCUGCUGGGACUAUCCGGCUCCUGCGCUCUCUGUGACGCCCAGUAGGGGGCGGAGUUACCUCAGCAUUGGGAGGUUUGUGUUUUAUUUAUAGAGUAUGUUUUUUGCAUUACAUUUUGCACACGUUUUAUGAAUAAGUUUAUAUUAAAAUAAAUAUUUUCAUUG